AUGCAGCGCGCUCCAGCACCUGUCCGGAGUCCCCGCCCGGCAGCACCUUCUCGAGCGCCUUCACGAGGAGGUCCACGCAGCACUGCGACUCGGCGAGCCGAAUCGGCGGGCCCAGGGGAAGCACGGGAAGGAGAUGCGAACAAGCACGGGUAUGUUAGCCAAAUGAGCGUCGACCAAACGUUACGGAAACUCCAUGUGCACACAGCGUGCAUAACUUUUCUUGAGCACCAGUUCGAUUGCCAUUUCGUUCGGGCAAAGCAGCAAAUUCGCGAAGACGCUUUGAAUGUGCGUCGCAGGAUGGACCAGGCGCUGCUGAACAAAAGUAUGCUUUACUUGAAUCGGAUUUUCUCCUCGGCCGCUCGCAAGAAUGUUUGUGUUGUAUUCAUCUCGCACACGUUUACGUACUUUUGUUUAGCAAGGCGGGGGGCGGAAAUUCAUUCUUCAAAAAAACAGCGCGACCAGUCCCGGAGCUCGUCCCACAAGUCAGUCGAACAACAUCAAUGCCAUCGUUUGUGCAACCAAAAGCGAAAAGGCUUUUCUAGCAACGAGGUCGAAAAGUUAUGCCGGCUUGAUCGGUUUCGGUUGCAGCUUUCAACAUGGUGGCGUGCUGUUGCUGGCAGACGGAUGUGCUUGUCUAUCUUCAAUUGUACAUGAUUUAGUCGUGGUUCACUGAGUCAUAGAUAGUGUUGAAAGGAAUAUCUACCACUAUUUUGUUUCUGAUUUUGUCUCGUUGAUGCACGAGCCAUGACCCUGUACCAUGAGUCUCUUGAUGAAUGACCUGGCGUUGAAAGAAUCGAUGUAGGAUGGGCUUGUAUUUGGUUUGAAGGACGAGUCGAAGAACGAAACGAAUGUCAAAGGAAAAGAACACAUUGGGAUGACGGCCGAGGGGAAACGCUGGUCCGGAAAGUGCGCAUUCAGCAGCUUGCAGAGCGUCUGCUUGAGAUUGUUCGCCAAAUGUAGGAGUCUGAGCUGUGCAAUAAUACAUCGGCGUUCGUUGGUACGUUGGUUUGAGAGAAAAUACAGAGAUCUG